AUGGUCGUGCUUCCACCGCCCAAAUUUCUGGGCGCCAUGUCGUCAGCUCCGCGCACACUAGAGGUCACCGCAACUGGCGUGUACGUCGUCACAUCCAUCAUCGUCGCUUCGUACGCGAGCAGUGCCAUUAGUCGGCUUGGUGUCAGGGGCUAUGCGGGAGCGUGGCGCGUCGGCGCCAUCGCCUUCUGCCUAGGCAGCUGGACAGGCAUUUAUGCAUCAGGUACGCCGCUCGUCAAACGCGCAAACUACGAUGACCCAGACAGCGUGUCGCGAACGCGAUAG